CUCACUUGAUGUUGGCUACACGCAGCAUUGCUCCGCAUGAAACUUGCUGCGCACACAAUUUGUUGACACUCAGGGAAAAAAGAAAACAAUAAUAAAAUUCAGCACUCCGCAUUUUGGCUGUGUAAUAUUAGCGGAAAAACGUUCAUAGAUACAUUUUUAGAAAAAUUGAGAGUGAGACAAAUAUGACACCGCCACCGCCAACACAACAGCAGCCGCCGCCACCAAUGGGUCAGAGCAUUGCGCCCAGCGGUGCUUUUCCAGGCUCACUUACGCCCGGCUGGAACGAUCCGCCACCAGUAAGUGGAGACACCGCCAAUCGACGACCGCGGCUCGACCUGCGCAAACGCGUCGCAUACCCCAUGAAUGGCACCGAUGGCCAGCCACAAUCAUCGCAGCCGCCGACGCUUUGAUCUACGCUUGUCCUGCGAGACUUCAUCAGCAUGGCUACCACGUCGAAUUUAGAUGUAACGCAAGCUUAUGAUUUCCAAACAUUUGUUUAGCACCAGCAAUAAUUUACAUAGAUAGCAACAAAAUAUAUAUAUA